ACGGUGCACAUGACAACAAUUUGAAAAAGGUUUCUCAAUGAAAGAAAUUGUAUGCUGGUUUAGGUUAAAUUGUUAAAUUCAGUAGUGAUUAUUUUUAUUGCCGAUCUGUUGAUAUAUAUUAUUAGUUUAAUUGUACAAUCGAUUAUACCCUAUUGUCAUCAUGAGUGAUGCCGAUGAUGAUUUCAUGGUUGAUGAUGAUGAAGAUUACGACUUGGAAUACUCUGAGGACAGUAAUUCGGAACCUGAUGUAGAUUUAGAGAAUCAAUAUUAUAACUCCAAAGCUCUUAAAGAAGAUGAUCCCAAAGCCGCCUUGCAAAGUUUUCAGAAAGUCUUGGAUCUCGAAAGCAAUGAAAAAAACGAGUGGGGAUUCAAAGCCCUCAAACAAAUGAUCAAAAUCAAUUUCAGACUGGGUCACUAUGAAGAGAUGAUGGCUCGAUAUAAACAGUUGCUAACUUAUAUUAAAAGUGCUGUUACCAGAAAUUAUUCUGAAAAGUCUAUAAAUUCCAUUCUCGAUUACAUCUCAACGAGCAAACAGAUGGAAUUACUUCAGGAAUUUUACGAAACAACUUUAGAAGCACUGAAGGACGCUAAAAAUGAUCGUCUAUGGUUUAAAACAAAUACUAAACUGGGUAAACUUUAUUAUGAUAGAGGCGAGUUCAAUAAAUUGGCCAAAAUAUUAAAACAAUUGCACCAAUCCUGCCAGAAUGAUGACGGAUCAGAUGAUUUGAAGAAAGGAACUCAACUACUAGAAAUUUAUGCUUUAGAAAUUCAAAUGUAUACAGCUCAAAAAAACAAUAAGAAACUCAAGAAACUCUAUGAACAGUCCCUUUGUAUCAAAUCGGCGAUACCUCACCCCUUAAUCAUGGGUGUUAUAAGAGAAUGCGGUGGUAAAAUGCAUCUUAGGGAAGGUGAAUAUGAAAAGUCACAUACAGAUUUUUUUGAGGCCUUCAAAAAUUAUGACGAAUCAGGUAGCCCAAGACGAACCACCUGUCUUAAAUAUUUAGUUUUAGCGAAUAUGCUCAUGAAAUCGGGGAUCAAUCCUUUCGAUUCUCAAGAAGCAAAGCCGUACAAAAAUGAUCCAGAGAUUCUUGCAAUGACCAAUCUUGUCAGCGCUUAUCAAAAUAAUGAUAUCCAUGAAUUUGAAAAAAUUCUGAAAAAUAAUAGGAGAACGAUAAUGGAUGACCCUUUCAUUAAAGAACACAUUGAAGAUCUAUUGAGGAACAUUAGAACUCAAGUCUUAAUUAAACUCAUCAAACCUUACACUAGAAUACACAUUCCUUUUAUUUCACAGGAGUUAAACAUAGAACCAUCAGAAGUCGAAAAUUUACUGGUAUCAUGCAUUCUUGAUAAUACAAUUCAAGGACGCAUCGAUCAAGUAAAUCAAAAUUUAGAAUUGACUAAAAGUACUUUAACUGGUGCAAGAUAUCGAGCUUUGGAAAAAUGGACAAGUCAACUAGCCUCUCUGCACCUAACUAUAGUAAACAAAAUGGCUUAAACAGCUGUUGUGGAUAAUUGUAUUAAUUCAAUUCUGGAAGUACUUGAUUUUCGGUUUUAUAAAUUGAACAUCCAAAUAAACAGUACAAUUUCUUAAUAUCUGUUUAAAGUUAAAUAUAAGAGCUCUUAUUUAUAAAGCAAUGGAAGACCGCCGGUGAGCUCAAUGUUGCCCUCUUCUUUCAUGGUGUAAAAAUUUUCUAAAUUAAUGGAUGGAGCCAAUUCAAAAGUUAAAGUCGUUUCAUUCAAAAAUAUUUUAUUCUUCAAAUCAAGCCUGUCAAUCUUUAAACUUCAAUCUUAAAGAAAAUCUAUGAAAACAUGGCUCUCCUCACCCAAAUUUGUAAAUCAGUGUAACUUGCCUGAAAACAAUUUUGUUUUAUUAUCUAUCGAGUUACUUGUAAUUCAAAACACAAACUUUAGAUUUUUCAUGUUUACUUCUUAAUUAACAAAAAAUAAGUCAAAAAGAUA